AAACAUGUAAAUUGAAAGUUGUCUUGCUUCUGGUGAAAUUAAUGUUUACCUUCUUGAAUCUCAAUAGUAUUGAACCAAUACUGAUUUAAGUCUUCGUUAUUAUGUUAAAAACGUCUUCAAGCUUGCAACUCUGAAAUUUUAAGCAAUGGCUAAUGUUGAAAAAUCAUUUGAUUCUUCAUCUUCUUUUGAUGAUGAAGAGGAAGGUGAUUGGACCAAGGAAGCCAGUUUCAUUGUAAACGAAUUCAAACUUGUUGUUAACGAUAUUCAUGUCUCACAGAAGCUGAAACAAUCUGAAAAUCGAAUCUAUUUCAAUUGUGAGACUAAGGAAGGCAACAGGUACUGUAUUGAAUUUACUGCUGCUGGAUUUAAAAUUGUUUCCAACUCUUACGAUACCAUAAAUGAGGAGGAAAAGGAUAAACAAGAGGAACAAGAAAGCUCUAUAUUUUAUGAAACCAUGAACGCUUUGCUUGAUAAAGUGAGUCCACUGUAUAGAAACGCAUUUAGCGAUCAGCUUAUUAAUAAGUUGAACGCUUAUGCUAGUCAGUGAUCAAAGCGGUUAUGCUCAAUAUUUGAUCAAAGUACAUCAAAGUUAACCUCCGAUUAUUCACCUUGAUGAUUCCAUUUAUAAUUAAUUAUGUAGUCCAAUAAAAAUUUACUGUAAUUGACAUUUAA